CCCCAAUGGACAUUGCCUAUGGCGGUGGAAUUCACAGCCUGUGUUGAAGUUUGGCAUGCAGGCUGGGGACUUUCUUCUUUCCACUAACAUUUUACUUUCUGGAAACAACUACACUAAAGUUGCUCUCCUAUUUAAAUUCAUGAACAUACAAAUGGUAAACACCAACACACACUACACCAUCCAGGACACCUACUGUGUUGACACUAUUAAAGCUUUUUGGGAAGAGAAGAGGUCUGAAUCCAUCAGCCGAGCAAAAGGGAAAGAUGUUGUGCUCCUAGGUGAUGGCAGAAAUGACUCACCAGGGCAUUCUGCCCAAUACUGUAGCUACACAACCAUGGAGCUUGACUCUAAGGAAAUCAUCCAUGUGGCCACUAUAGACAAGCGGCAGACCAACUGGAACUCCAACAUCAUGGAGAAGGAGGGUUUUAUCCAGACAGUGGACAAGCUUACGCAAGAGAUCAAGGUAGUGGAGUUCUGCACGGAUGCUCAUGUUUGGAGCCCUUUUGAACCCAGAUAAAGGAAAAUAUAAGGAUCUGAAAAUUCACCACAGCCUGGACAUGUGGCAUGGUGCCAAAAAUUUGUGCAAAAAAAUAGCAACCGCGGGAAAGGUGAAAGGACAGUCUAUUCUCCUUCACUGGCUGAGGGAUAUAGUUAACCAUUUCUGGUGGUGCUGCAAGACGGCAGAAACAUUUGAGCAGUUUCUUGCACUUUGGAUUGGAGUUCUGCAUCAUGUUUGCAACAAUCACACCUGGGAAACAGGAAGCUGCCAACACGACCACCUUGAAGACACUCAGGAUAAAGAGUGGAUUGAGAGAGAUUCAAAGAGCCAUAAAGCGCUUGUGGAGAUCGUCCUCAACAAGCGUUGGCAGAAGGAUGUCCACAAGUAUCUGCGCUUCAGAUCGACAGCACAUCUCGAGUCUUUUCAGAAUCACAUUCUGAUGUAUGCCAGCAAGCGCCAGGCCUUCACUCCCCGAGUGUAUGACACGAGAGUUGUGCUUGCAGCCCUGGACUACAAUUUCCACCGGGAACGACCGGCAUACAGGACGGCUGAGGGCCAACAAGUUUAUAGGAAGAAGUACAAUAAAAAUGCCAGAAGAUAUAGCCUUUACACCAUGAAGUGUACAAAAUCAUAUGGUUACAUCCCUGAGAUACAAGCACGCAUCUUGAAGGCGAGAGUCACAAGUGGAAUUGGGAUGCCGCGAAAGAGGUCCCUAAGAGCAGAUGACCCAAGGCGUCUUGGUGUUGUGCCACCGAUACAUACCGCCACCAUCAACAUCAGAGCUGAUGCAUACACAGGUCACCAGAGGUCUGGGAUCUACCUUCCAUGCUAUUACCAACUUGGAGACAGAUUGAGAUUGAGUUGUUUUACUGAUAUUUGAGUUGUAAAUACAUGAUCAAAAAUCAUGCUACUUAUAAAUAAAUAUAUGUUUGCGUUUUCAAACAAACUUCA